AUGGAGGCCGUGCUGGUCUACAGCAAGUUCUUGCGCAAGAAUGUGGGACAAGAGACCAAGAUCUACAUUAUGACCGAGGAGGAGGCAGACGCCAUGCUCGAGAAGAUGCCCACCGGCGCCUGCCUCCUCCGCCUCGACGCCACCCUCGAUUCGCCCAAGGCUCCGCUGACGUGUUCAUACAAAUACUUCGGGUUGACGUUCCACCACCUGCUCGAGAACAUCCAACUCACACUCAAGGAGCGCAAGCAUAGCUUCUACUGCCAUGCCAGCAACAAGAACGCCUUCCAGUACAUUCGCAAGGUCUUCAUGGAAUUCCUGCCUCGGCUGCAGAUGUUCAUCGAGGAGUUCACCACCAACCAGAACUUUGUUGAGAUGGACCUCGACGCGUUGGCUGAUCCCGAGCUGAUGAACGAGCUCCAAAGCCGUCGAUGCUUUAUCUACCCCAGCGGAGACAAGAUCAUCAUCAAGCGGAAGAACGAGAGUAAAAACAAGCUCGAAUGCAUGCGGAUAGGGAUCGACUUCCUGAAUGCUACGUUCAUCACUCAGCGCGACGAGCCGUCUGCCCCCAUCGUCGAGACCAACACCUUUGCAGCCGCCUUGCUCAAUUUCUUGGAGGUGGGGACCGACGAUGAAGCGCUGGCGAUCGAAGUGCUGCAGCGGCGAGAGGACAUGCUCAAGGGCAACCACGACGACCACGAUGACGACAGCAUAAUCGACGAUAUUGCGCCCACCUUUGCACUGGGGCAGAACAGGACGCCACGGUACUACGGCAGCAAGGACAAGGCUGACCUCAUCAAGAGCCUGCAGAAUUCUGUGUGCCAGGGCGGAGCGGAGCGCUUCAAUCAGCCAUGA